CCCCUCGUCCGUAAGGACAACGUCAGCUGUUGGGUAAUGUUUCCGUGCUGCUACAUCAACAAGUCGUCAGUUGGGGCGGAGUGUUUCUCUCAACGGGGUGAAUACCGAUGCGGGCCACCAAUUAGGAUUUGAUUGACUUAAGAUAAGACUAGUAGAUAUUUUCCUGGGUGCAGAAGAAACUGAAGGAGUGCAAAAAUGUAUAGGUCUUUUGUUAGAAACAGCCAAAUGCUUGCUGUGAAGAGACUGCUGAAGGUGCCUGGUUGCAAGCAAAGCCUCAACCCACUGUGUCUCUCCGUUCACACAUCAGAUUUUAGCACUUGUCAGGUAGACAGCGUUGCUAAGAUCAAGGCAUCUGAUCCAUUAACUGAUUCCUACGGACGAUAUCAUGACUACUUGAGGAUAUCAUUGACAGAGAGAUGCAACCUAAGAUGUGAAUACUGCAUGCCAAGUGAUGGAGUUCCCUUAACGCCUAAAGAUAAACUCCUGACAAGUGAUGAAAUCUUGUAUUUGGCAAAACUGUUUGUUCGACAAGGUGUGACAAAAAUUCGUCUGACAGGAGGGGAGCCCACUGUCAGAAAGGAUAUUAUAAAUAUUAUUGCAAGGUUGAAAGAAUUAGAUGGCCUUAAGACAAUUGCAAUGACAACUAACGGUCUCACACUAACUCGCCAGCUAGUUGGUCUACAAAAGGCUGGUUUAAACUUGCUGAAUAUUAGCCUUGAUACCCUCCAAUCUGCUCGUUAUGAGAAAGUUACACGAAGAAAAGGUUGGGAGAGAGUCAUUGCUGGCAUUGAUCUGGCCAUACAACUAGGUUUCAAUCCUGUUAAGGUUAACUGUGUGGUAAUGCGAGGUUUCAAUGAUGAUGAAAUCUGCGACUUUGCACGUUUUACAUUGGAUCGAAAUGUGGACGUUCGAUUUAUUGAGUACAUGCCUUUCAGUGGAAAUGGGUGGCACGACAACAGAAUGGUAUCAUUUAAAGAAAUGCUAUCCAUAUUGACAAAGGAGUUCCCAGGUUUUGAGGCUCUUAAAAAUGAACCUAAUGAUACAUCAAAGGCUUAUAAAGUGCCUGGCUCAAAAGGAAAACUUGGUUUUAUAACUUCCAUGAGCAAUAAUUUUUGUAGCACAUGCAAUAGGAUUCGUUUGACAGCUGAUGGAAACAUAAAAGUGUGCCUUUUUGGAAAUGCUGAGAUAUCAUUGAGAGACGCAGUACGGAAUAACAGCAGUGAAGAUGACAUUAUGACAAUGGUGGGACUGGCACUUCAAAGGAAAAAGAAGCAGCAUGCUGGAAUGCUGAAUCUUCCUCAGAUGCAAAAUCGGCCAAUGAUUCUAAUUGGAGGUAAAAUUGAUUGUACUAAAAAUAACAGAGUCUCACGGACUGCCAACAAGAACAUCAACAGUUUCUUGCCAAACACAUCCUUUUUAAAUUUUAUACCCAUCAAUCAUUCUAUGAAUAGGUUUUAUGAAACAAGAUCCAUAUCAUACACACAUGGAAAUAGAAAUAUGAACAUCGAUUCAAAACACAAUGACAAGUUGACACAUGUGGAUGCUGCUGGAAAGGCAAACAUGGUAAAUGUUGGUAAAAAAAUUGUGAGUUCAAGAUCUGCUACAGCAUGUGGAAAAGUUCUGGUGGGACCUAAAGUAAGUGCGCUCAUAAAGAGCAAUAGCAUGAAGAAAGGUGAUGUUCUCACUGUGGCAAGAAUUGCCGGCAUCCAGGGAGCAAAGAAGACUCCAGACCUAAUACCCCUGUGCCAUAACAUUUUUCUAUCUGGUAUUAAACUUGAUGCUACACUUGAAGAUGGAACUGACACAAUAAUCAUAACAGCAACAGUAGAAUCAGAGGGAAAGACAGGGGUGGAAAUGGAAGCAUUAACAGCAGUAACAAUUGCAGCACUGACAGUUUAUGACAUGUGUAAGGCUGUAACUCACAACAUAGUGAUACGAGACAUCAAACUAAUGGAAAAAACUGGCGGAGUACGGGGUGAUUUUAAAAGAAAUUCUGAAGACUGAAAUGAUGUUUGAUGUUUCUGUGAUAAAACCAAGAUAACUUACAAUUUUAUGUAAAAUGAUCUAAAUUUUUUAUAUCAAAUAUUUGUAUAGUCAUACAAACGAUCAAAUGCAUUCCAAUGGCUCUAAAUGUGUAAUAAAUAUGUGCAAAAAUAUAUUUGGUUUUCAUUUU